CUCCUUAUAUUGAUCCAGGAAAGUUAUUAACUUUCUUGAUUCUAGUAAAAUGUCAAUUCCAGUUGGAUGUCCGAUCCCGUUUACACCCCUUUCAUGCCAAAAUGCCAAAUACUAUUUUCUAGGGAUUAUAGAUUAUUACAAUUUACAAAAUAAAUCUUUUGAUUAAGAAAAAAAUAGUGUAAUUAAUUUGUAAAAAGUUACAAAUCCAACUAACACGGCCAUACCCAUCUAUACGUUAUCAUCAUCAAAACUUUAUCUAGACGACUAAAUAUCCGCUCUUUCUCUUUGGUCCGAUUCUGUUUUUUAUCUUUGUUUCAUCUUACGUUUGCUCGAUGCUCUCCGAUUCCCACCCCAUCACUGAUCACUCAGAUCGAAUAAAGGUAAUUUCAUCUUUCAUUUUCGUGUUUUUAAGCAGAUUUUUCCUGACCAUUAUUUCAAAUUAACCCUAUCUUGUAUACAAGCCGUAUAAGAAACACCAACUGGUAGCUCACUUCACAGUCGAUUGUAUCAAUUAGGGACUUAGGGUUUAAAAUGGUUAGAUUUAUUAUUAUUUCUUUUUGUGGGGCUUUGUUUAUCUGGAUAUCUUUUUUUCCUGCAAUAAUAAUUUAUACCUUUUUUUUUUUUCGAAUUUACUGGAAUCUUGAUUAGUUGACCAUGGCUCGAUUGAUUAUUCCAUGCAAACUGCAAACGUUCGAGCUUGCCGAUGAGUUUUCUAUUGGGUUUGAUUUCGUCUGCACAUAUGAUUACCGAAUACCAUUUAUUAAUCUACUUAAUAAAAAUUUCCACAAAAGUUAUCGAUUGCAUUACCGUUAUUCAGCGGUUAAUCUUUUUCUAAUUCUUUAUUAAUAAUGAUUCAUGUUUGAUUUUUAGAGAACUAAUUAAACGAGUAGGAGACUCGUUUGUUCUGUGGCAACCCGAUCCUUAUCAAUAUCAUUUGAAGAAUCGAAAAUGGAGGUUCCUAAAGAGAUUUUCCUAAAAGAUUACAAAUUACCCGAUUACUACUUUGAUACGGUGGAUUUAAGUUUUUCAUUGGGUGAAGAAACGACAAUCGUGUGUGCAAAAAUCAGCGUUGUCCCUAGAGUCGAUGGUGUCGCUGCUCCAUUGGUUUUGGAUGGGAUUGAUCUCAAGCUGAUUUCAAUUAAGAUUAGUGGAAAUGAAUUGGAGGAGGGAUAUUAUCAUUUAGAUGCUCGACAUCUAAUUCUCAAAGCACCUCCAAGUGGGAGUUUUAUCUUGGAAACCAUAACCGAAGUUUUACAAAAGAACUCAUCAUUUGAGGGUCUUUACAAGUCGUCUGGUAAUUUCUGCACACAAUGUGAAGCGGAAGGUUUCAGAAAGAUAACUUAUUUUCAGGAUCGCCCUGAUAUUAUGGCGAAAUAUACUUGUCAUAUUGAGGCUGACAAGUCAUUGUACCCUGUGUUGUUGUCCAAUGGAAACCUCAUUGAGCAAGGAGACCUAGAGAUUGAUUAAUCAUAUAUGAUUAUGGUGGUUGGUGGCAAAGAUGACCGUGGUAUAGGCGACGAAGGUGGUAGUGGUGAUGGCGGUUAUGGUGGUGGGGAAAAAAGGAAUAGGCAUCGCUGAAUAAUCAUUUAUGAUUAUAACUCUCUCAUCGCGCCGGUACGUGGAAACGCUAAAUGAGAAAUAUAUGGCUGAGGGUGGGAAGCAUUUUGCUGUCUGGGAAGACCCGUUCAAGAAACCUUGCUAUCUUUUUGCAUUAGUUGUAGGACAAUUAGAGAGCAGAGAUGACACUUUCACAACAUACUCGGGUCGUGAAGUUGCUUUAAGAAUAUGGACCUCACCACAAGAUCUCCCAAAAACCGAACACGCCAUGUAUUCUCUCAAAGCCGCCAUGAAAUGGGAUGAAGAUGUUUUUGGGCGAGAGUAUGAUCUUGAUCUCUUCAACAUCGUAGUUGUUCCUGAUUUCUUACAGGGGAGCCAUGGAAAACAAGAGCUUAAAUAUUUUCAAUUCUAAGCUUGUUUUGGCAUCACCGGAGACCGCAUCAGAUGCAAAUUAUGCUGCAAUUUUGGGUGUUAUUGGUCACGAGUAUUUCCAUAACUGGACUGGCAACAGGGUGACAUGUCGUGAUUGGUUCCAAUUGAGUUUGAAGGAAGGUCUUACCGUUUUUCGUGAUCAAGAAUUUUCAUCUGAUUUAGGUAGUCGUACAGUUAAGAGAAUUGGUGAUGUUUCAAAGCUUCGUACAUAUCAAUUUUCACGGGAUGCGGGACCCAUGGCUCACCCUGUUAGGCCUCACUCUUACAUUAAGGUGGACAAUUUCUAUACAUCAACGGUGUACGAAAAGGGUGCUGAAGUUGUCCGCAUGUACAAAACUUUAUUGGGAAAUGAAGGGUUCCGGAAGGGAACAGAUCUUUACUUUGAAAGGCACGAUGGGCAAGCAGUAACUUGUGAAGAUUUCUUUGCUGCUAUGAGAGAUGCUAACAAUGUGGAUUUUGCUAAUUUCUUAUUAUGGUAUUCACAAGCCGGUACCCCUAUCGUGAAGGUUACAUCUUCUUACAAUGUUGAAUCUCGUACAUUCUCUUUGAAAUUUAGUCAAACAGUGCCACCUACGCCAGGUCAGCACUUAAAAGAGCCAAUGUUCAUUCCUGUGGCUAUGGGGCUUCUUGAUUCAAGUGGAAAAGACAUGCCUUUAUCAUCUUUCUAUCAAGAUGGGAAGUUAGUGUCCAUUACAUCUGGUGCUCAGCAUGUCUACACUACUGUUCUCAGGGUUACAAAGGGUGAAGAAGAAUUUGUAUUCCAUGAUUUGGAUGAAAAACCGAUUCCAUCACUGUUAAGGGGUUAUAGUGCUCCUAUUCGCCUACACUCUGAUCUCACAGAAAACGAUUUGUUUUUCCUUCUUGCUCAUGAUUCAGAUGGAUUUAAUCGUUGGGAAGCUGGACAAAUAUUGGCAAGGAAACUGAUGCUCAAUCAAGUUGUUAACUUUCAAAAAGAUGAGAAAUUGGUUCUUGAUCCACAGUUUGUGCAUGGUAUUAAAUGUAUUCUUUUGGAUUCGAGUCUAGACAAGGAAUUUAUUUCAAAAGCAAUAACACUCCCUGGUGAAGGUGAGAUUAUGGACAUGAUGGAAGUAGCAGACCCUGAUGCUGUUCAUGUUGUUCAAUCUUUUAUUAGAAAACAACUUGCUUUGGAGUUGAAGCAAGAAUUCAUAAACAAGGUAAAAGAAAACAGGAGCUCAGGGAAGUAUAAGUUUGAUCAUGUGAAUAUGGCAAGACGUGCUCUUAAGAACACAACCCUUGGGUAUCUUGCGUGUCUUGAAGAUGAAGAAAUGAGUGAGCUUGUGUUGAAUGAAUACAAAAGUGCAACAAAUAUGACAGAUCAAUUCUCAGCUCUUGCAGCCAUUGCUCAAAAACCGGGUAAAGCUCGUGAAGAUGCUUUGGCUGACUUUUAUAACAAAUGGCAACAUGACUUCUUGGUUGUUAACAAGUGGCUUUCGCUUCAAUCUGCAUCAGAUAUUCCUGGGAAUGUUGAGAAUGUUAAGAAACUUUUGGAUCAUCCAUCAUUUGACCUAACAAAUGCCAACAAGAUGUUUUCGAUUAUUGGAGGAUUCUGCGCAUCAUAUGUUAACUUCCACGCUAAAGACGGGUCAGGCUACAAAUUCGUGGGAGAAUUUGUGCUACAGCUUGACAAACUAAAUCCUCAGAUGGCAUCUGGGGUGGUUUCAUCAUUUUCUAGAUGGAAGCGUUAUGACGAUACCCGCCAAAAUCUUGCCAAGGCACAACUGGAGAUGAUUAUGUCGGCUAAUGGGCUCUCAAAGAACGUAUAUGAAAUCGUCUUAAAGAGUUUGGUUGUUUAGAAUAUAUAUAUAAUCAAAGUGGUAUUCCUAUAAACAUGAAUUAGAAUAAUGGUAAAUGGCAAGAACGUGAAUAAAUUUACAAAAAUUUUCUUAGAUUUUGUUCAAGAUCUUUAGGUGAAAAAGAAAUGCUAUUUUCUUGGUUUAGUCCUUUUGUUCUUAUUUUUAAAAUAAUUAUAAUACAUUAUAAUCUUAUUGAAUUGAUCACUUUAACAAUAAAAAACAAGGUAUAUCAUUUUAUAAAGUGUGUCAUGUAUAAAAUAUGUGAUGAAUUAUGUAUCAUGGUCAGAGGGGAUACAUAUGAAAAAAGUCAUCAAACCUUGUAAAUGGAUAUGAUUUUGCUUAGUUUGGUUUUGAUCGAUAUCAUAAUUAGUCGAGUAUAGUGUAAAAAUGGACAUAACCUUCUAUUAGUUCUUAUACAGUUAAAUAUGGAUACAAUAAGAGAAGGUAAUGUAAUGAUUUUGCGAUGAAAGACUUUGAUAGUUUGGAUAGAACAAAAGUAUUUGUUCUUCAUAUGUGAUGUAACAAUUCAUACAAUACAGGUUAGGGCUCUUAUUUAUACUAAGAAAAACAAUCAACAUGUUAUCAACUAAAC